AACACAAGUAUCUCUAGUAAAACUGGAAGAAACCAGAAAGAAGCUUCUAUCACACCAGCAUUCCAAGUUCCAUUUCAAACCCACACCUAGAAAAAAAAAAGUAAAAAUUAUAAAAGGAAUUCACCACGCAAAUGCGAUUCAAUAAUUUCGUUGACAAAAAGUCUUCCAAAUGCAUAUCCACCAAGCUGGACAAACAUUCAAUCCGCGGCCUACACCAAGUCUUCGCCGGCUUCUACGUUUCUUGUUAAUAUCUAUCUCCAUCUCUACUCUUUACAUUCUCAAACUCAUUCUCCAAAAACCCCACAACCACCAAAAAAAGCUAUAACAAAAACAAAACCCUAAAGGUAAUCAUGAAGAGGUUUCAGUUUCCACUCCACCUUUUUGCCAUUGCUCUCUGCCUCUCAUCGCUUUCACAGACCUCAGCUCGCUUCUUCCCCAACAUCUCCUCCAUACCGUCCUACCUCGUCCCAAACGCCACCAUUCCUGGCGCUUGGGACGCCUUCAAACACUUCGGCAACUGCCACGCCGGCGAAAAAGUCGACGGCCUCAGCAAGCUCAAAAAAUACUUCAACCGUUUCGGUUACAUUCCAAAUUUACCUACAACCAACCUCACCGAUGACUUCGACGGAGACCUUGAAGCCGCCCUCAAAACCUACCAAAAGAACUUCAACCUCAAUGUCACCGGCGAGCUCGACGGGCCCACCCUCGAACACCUCGUCAAACCCCGAUGCGGCAACGCCGACAUAGUCAACGGCACCACCACUAUGAACUCCGGAAAACCGGCGUCGUAUAACUCCACCAAGUUCCACAGCGUCUCUCACUACUCUUUCUUCCCCGGCACCCCCGUCUGGCCGCAGAACCGCCGCGACCUGACCUAUGCUUUCUUGCCGGAGAACGAGCUCUCCGACGAGGUAAAAACCGUGUUCGUCGGCGCCUUCCAGCGGUGGUCGGCGGCGACACCAUUAACUUUCCAAGAAACUACCUCCUUCUACUCGGCGGACAUCAAGAUCGGAUUCUUCGUCGGAGACCACGGCGACGGCGAGCCAUUCGACGGGGUUUUGGGGACUCUUGCACACGCGUUCUCCCCGCCGAGCGGUAGGUUCCACCUGGACGGCGAUGAGAACUGGGUGAUCACCGGUGACAUCAGCAAGUUCUCCGUGGAGUCAGCCGUGGACCUUGAGUCCGUGGCGGUGCACGAGAUAGGGCAUCUGCUGGGGUUGGGGCACUCGUCGGUGGAGGAUGCGAUUAUGUACCCGACGAUCUCGUCGCGUACGAAGAAGGUGGAGCUUGCCAGUGACGACGUUUUGGGGAUCCAGACGCUAUACGGCGCCAAUCCCAAUUACGACGGUACGACUACAUCCGCGCCGUCCACUCAGGCGAGGGACACGUCUGCUGCUGGGGACCACCUCGGUUCUACUCCUACUCCGCGGUUGUGGGCCCUCCGUGUCGUGUUAGCAGUUGGAUCUCUGUUACUAUUGUUUUAGUUUUUUUUUUAAAUUUAAUUCUGGUUUAUUGACUAGGAUUCGAUUUACCCAUUAUUUUAUUACAUUUUUUGGUUUCUUA